AUGGCUACAACCGAGGCCGCGCUGCAGCCGCACGAUCGUCCCGAUCGUGCUGGCCGCCGCCGUCCCUUUUCCACAUGGGUCAAGAAGCUCACCAACUUCAAAAGCUCAUCCUCUAGCGAUGGAGGCGGCGUUCGCCUUCCCAGCUCCAAGCGCCAACAGGCCAAACUCCACGCAAAGAUGCGAGCCUCCAAGAACAACAACCCCUAUCCUCAAUCAGGCCGAGUAGGCUCCGCCAGCCAUGCCGAUGUCGACGUCGAAACCAGUUCCUAUUCAUUCUCAACCGCUCUGAGCGGGAGCGCAACCUCGAUUGAACGAUCCUCUCGCAUGUCUUCUCGAAUGUCCUCCGACGAUGGUCGCGCCCCACCCACCGCCGGCGCAAGAUCCAUGGCCCCCACGAUUUCGACUGAUCACGAUGGCGCUCAUUCCCUAGUCGCCCCUUCCCACGGCGCUCCAUCCGUAGCAGGGACGAGUCGAACCAUUGGAGGCGUCGAGUCUCGCAGAGGGGGAGACAGCACAUUUUCAUCCCCGGCGCCAUCAGUGCGGUCAUUGACGACCACCUUGACCACAAUCCAGUCCAUGACGCCAAAUAACGGCGGCACCCAUGUGCCAACGAACCCGACCAACAACGGCAAUCACACAUCGCACCAGGGACACACCCAAUCCAUCCAUUUCAACCAACCAUUCCCAACAGCACCGCCCGCAUCUGCCAUCCCCGCCCAUCUUGCACCUGCGGGGUCGGCCUCUGGCAACCCGCAAACAUACACAACGGCUACGGCCAACAACCUGCUUACUGAUAACGCAUCCAUCAUCACCCUAGCGUCCUCGUCACAACGUCGUCGCCGUCGCUCACUCGAUACCGAUGCCUCUGUCCGUGCCCUGGCCCCUUCCUCCCUCUGGGGCGGUAGCCGGGAGAGCCUUCCUCUGAGCGUCCUAAGCGCCAACAUCGAACAGGGUGCGGGAAUGCCGACAACUCCGGGGCUUCACCAAAGCAGCUCGCGUAUAGCCAAUGCCGAACGCACGAGCAUAUACUCGGCCACUGGUGUCGCUCCCGCCAUACCGGGCGACCGAAACAGCUUUUAUGCAAAGCAGAGCGGCACUGGGGACGGAGCGAGCGUUCGGAGCGGGCUGCUAGGCCACGGCCGGUCUGACAGCAUCAGCGGGAGCAUCGGCGGCGUGACCAGUCCGUUGACUAGUCCAAGAGAGACCUCGGAAAAGAGCGGAACGGAGGACAGGAGCGACGGUACGAACCGGGCCAAGGACGACGAGGAGCGCUAA